AUGGCAAUGCCCAAGAAGUGCACUGAACUGGAUGGACACACCGAGUUUCUCAACCAUGGAAAGCCGCUCGCCGGUUCUUGGUAUAGAACUGAGCUGGAGUCGCUAAAGUACCGAGUGCUUUGUUCGUGUACGGUUCCAAUAACGUCCACCAUUGCGUCUGGGCGUGGCGUGUCGAGGGAUAGGAUUACUGAGAUUCGAUCCGUUCCAGCGUUGAAACACGAGUCAGACAGUUUCAAUGGCAGUCCCAACAACAGUCUCAAUGGCAGUCUCAAUGGCAGUCUCAAUGGCAGUCUCAAUGGCAGUCUCAAUGGCAGUCUCGAUGGCAGUCUCAAUGGCAGUCUCGAUGGCAGUCCCCAUGACGGUUUCUAUGAAAAUUUCAAUGACAUUCUCAAUGACUAUCCCAAUGACUGUUCCGCAAAUUAA